GUAGCAUUGGGGUUUUUUUUAAAUACAUUUCUCCGUUUUUAAUUGGUUAAAAUCCACUUGUGUGUAAAUAUGGGCGUUCAGGAUUUGUGGUCUAUCGUGGAGCCGGUUCGUGAGUCGGUGCCUCUGUACAGUUUGAGCGGAAAGACGCUGGCAGUCGACCUGAGUUUGUGGGUGUGCGAAGCCCAGCACGUCCAAGCAAUGAUGGGGAGAGUCACGAAGCCCCAUCUGAGGAAUUUAUUUUUCAGGUUAUCGUCCCUCACACUGAUGGGGGUGAAGCUCGUGUUUGUUAUGGAAGGAGAGGCUCCAAAAAUUAAAGCAGAAACCAUGAACAAGAGAACAGAAACAAGAUAUGGAGGCUUCAAGAAAAGCACUGCUCCGAAGUUUGCAACUGGCACCAGCAGGGGGCGCUUUAAAGCCGUGCUGAGAGAGUGUGCAGAGAUGUUGGACUACCUGGGUGUACCGUGGGUGACAGCUGCUGGAGAGGCUGAGGCCAUGUGUGCCUACCUCUCACAAGGCCUGGUGGACGGCUGCAUCACUAACGAUGGAGACGCUUUCUUGUAUGGAGCCCGUACUGUGUACAGGAACUUCAACAUGAACAGUAAAGACCCUCAGGUGGACUGUUACCAGACUUCUCGAGUGCAGACAGACUUAAAUCUGUCCAGAGAGAAUCUUGUCGGUCUGGCCAUUCUCCUUGGCUGUGAUUAUAUUCCCAAGGGCAUACCAGGUGUUGGCAAAGAGCAGGCUCUGAGGCUCAUUCAGACGCUGAAAGGACAAACACUCCUACAGAGGUUCAUCCAGUGGAAUGAAGAGACCACAGAAGUGUGUGAAGGAGGUGUAAAGAAGGUUCCUCACUGCAACUUGUGUCGACAUCCUGGAUCAGCUAAGACUCACGAGUCCCGCGGAUGUGUGCUCUGCGGCAGUAAUCGCUUCUGUCAGCCUCAGGAUUUCGAUUACCAGUGUCCGUGUGACUGGCACCGCUACGAACAGACUCGCCAGGCCUUGACUUUUGAGGCAAACAUCAGGAGGAAAACACUGGCGAGUCAGCAUUUCCCUUUCACUGAGAUCAUUCGUGAGUUUCUGGUUUCCAAAGAUCAGCCUGUGUCACAUUUUAAGAGGAGGAAGCCGAAUAUGCUGCUGAUCCAGAAAUUCGCCUAUGAUAAGAUGGAGUGGCCGAAGCACUACACCAGCGAAAAGGUGCUAGUGUUGAUGACCUACGCUGAGCUGAUGAACCGAAACUAUGGAACAGACAUGUCCUGCCAAGUUGAGCCCAUCCGAAUAUUUAAACCAAGAGUGAGGAAUGGCGUUGCUUGCUUUGAAGUCAUCUGGAGAACACCAGAACAUUUUGUGUUUCCUGAGGAUCGGCCUGCAGAGGAACAGCGUGAGGUGAGGACGGUGGAGGAGGAGUCUCUGUUUCGUGUGGCCUACCCUGAGCUGGUGGAGACCUACCUCAGACACAAAGCUCUGGCUGAAGAGAACAAGACAAAGAAAAAGAAGCCAAAAAGUAAAAAGGAGAAGCCCUCGGAUGGUUUAUCAGACCUCUUGGCUCAGAUGACUCUUCAGAGUUCCUCUUCAUCGAAUUCUAUGACUCAACAGCCAAAGCUGCUCCCUACGUUGGCAAGCACAGAUGAACCAGAGGUGGUGAUUUUGGACACACUGGUGAGCCAUAAGCAGAAUGAAAGAGGAAAAGAUGAUCACUCCAGCCUGAAUGAUUGCCCCAAUACUCCUCUGUCUCGUGCUGACUCUGAGCCAGUUGCUUCACCUUCUGUCUCUGCUGUAAUCGAAGCGCUACACCUGAGUGAUAUCGACUGGGAUGCUUUGUCCUUCACAUCUUCUCCAUCCCAACAAGCAGCUACCAGCCACUCCACUGGUCCAGAGCUAAAUAAAACCACAGACAGUGAAACAGAGAGUCAAAAAACAGAGCAGAAAAUCUCACCUGAUGUCAAACCAGUAGACUCCAGAUCUGCUCCAGAGCUCGGUUACUCAGAGUGUCCUCUAAGGGAGCGGGUGCUCAUGAAGAAUACGGCCAAAAUCGUGAAUCAGGUAUGCGAUGAUGCAGUCAAGUCAAAACCCAGUGGACACAUUUCCAGUGAGGUUAGCAAAGAAUCUGCUGUUAAGAAAAAUGAAGCACGUGCAGAAAAAACCCAGAUAGAAAAGCCAGCUGCCCAGGCUCAAAGUAAAGCCAAAGACACAUUUAACGACUCCAAAAAGCCGCCACACAAAUAUAAAUUUGUCAGGACAGCUAUUCAGUCAUUGGUUGUCCCACCACAGAGGUGCCACUCUAACCCAGGUACAAGUGACAAGAAGGACGAGAGCAUGCCACAGACCACCAAAAAGAGUGUGUGUAUGAGCGUUCGUUCAUCCAGCGAGGACAGCGACGUGGAGAACCAGAAGUGUGGACCUCAAAGACGGACAAAAACAAAACCUAAACACAAACUCAAAGGCAGCUUUGUUUCAGACUUCCCUCUGAAACCAGUUGCUUCACACGCAGCGACCCAACCAACUGCAAAACCCGCUCGGAGCCUUCAUUUAGCAAGACAAAAACCUCAGAGCAAACAUUUUGAAAAUAACAGCACACCUGUAUCAACUGAAAACAACUGCCAGGAUGUCCCAGCAGCUGAUGUGGGUGCCAACGUGUUUCUUCCCACUCCAGCCUCACCCAUCACCGUGUCAGAGAGCGACGACUCUGUGAUUUGUAGCGAGAGUCCGCUGCCACUGGCAGAGAGACUGAGGCUGAAAUUUCGGAAGUAAUCAGUGUGGUUACACGACAAAGGACAAAAACAUGUAAGCUGUUGCUCUUUUAACACUGAAGGUUUAGUCUGGACUUUGA